AUAUUGAAGGAGGAAUAUAGGUUUUUUUAAAUAUUUUUUUAAUAUCCGAUUCAAAUUUCAUAAAAACAGAGGAGACGGGUCAUUUGAAGUAUUGGAUCUCAAAGUCCAUGGAUUCUCCAGUUGCUGAACCAUUUCUGGAGGUUCCCAGCACUUAUCUGAAAGAAGAGAAAUUAUGGACCACAUUUUCUGAUGGGUCAGUUCGCUUGCGGAUUGACUCUUCCUGUCCUCAGACUCCUGUGACUGUACAUGAAAUGUUUUUGGAAUGCAUGGGUAAAUAUGGCUCUCUAAAUGCACUUUCAAGUAAAACGGAUGGUAAAUGGGAACAUAUUACAUUCAAGGAGUAUUAUCAUCUAUGUCGUCAAUCUGCCAAGGCCUUCCUGAAGCUGGGAUUACAACGAUUUUAUAGUGUCGGUAUUCUUGGCUUUAAUUCACCAGAAUGGUUUCUUUCAGCUGUGGGAACAGUGUUUGCUGGGGGAAUUACAACUGGAAUUUAUACAACCAACUCCCCGGAAGCAUGCUACUAUGUUGCAAUUGACUGUAGAGCAAACAUUAUUGUGGUUGAAAAUCACAAACAGUUGGAGAAGAUUUUACAGAUAUGGGAAAAGUUACCACAUCUCAAAGCUGUUGUACAAUAUAAAGGCAGUUUACAAGUCAAGCGUUCAGCUCUAUACACGUGGAAAGAAUUUAUGGAGCUGGGCAAUGAUAUCAGUGAUGAGCACCUGGAUGAUGUCAUACAAUCCCAGAAGCCCAACCAAUGCUGUGUCCUUAUCUAUACCUCCGGGACUACUGGAAACCCAAAAGGAGUGAUGCUAAGUCAUGAUAAUAUCACUUGGACAGCUGCUCAUGCCAGUCGUGUUGGAGACAUGCAGCCAGCAGAAAUCCGACAAGAGUCUAUUGUCAGUUACCUACCACUUAGUCAUAUUGCUGCUCAAAUAUUUGACCUGUGGACAGGAAUCAAGUGGGGAGAACAUGUGUACUUUGCAAAUCCAGAUGCUCUAAAAGGCAGCCUGGUGGACACGCUGAAGGAGGCACAACCCACCUCUCUCAUGGGAGUUCCAAGAGUCUGGGAGAAGAUCAUGGAGCGUAUUAAAGAAGUGUCCGUGCAAACAGGAAUAAUCAGGAGAAAGAUGCUUUCCUGGGCAAUGUCUGUCAGUCUGGAAAGAAUCCUGAAUCCAUCAAGGAAUGGUGAACUGAAGCUGUUUCUCCCAGCCGUAGCCGAUUUCUUGGUCUUGUCCAAAAUUCGCAAGAUGUUGGGUUUCUCCCACUGCUUGAAACAUUUCUCAGGUGCGGCUCCAAUCUCUGCAGAAACACUGAAAUUUUUCCUGGGACUCAAUAUUAUUCUAUUUGAAGCCUAUGGCAUGAGUGAGACAUCAGGACCCCAUGUUAUGUCUGGCCCUCACACCUAUCGCUUCCAGUGUUGCGGCAAGGUUGUCCCUGGAUGCCAAAUGAAGCUUGUGAACAAGGACCCAGAUGGAAAUGGAGAAAUCUGUUUCUGGGGGAGGACGGUUUUCAUGGGCUACUUGAAUAUGGAGAAUAAGACUAGAGAAGUUUUUGAUGAGGAUGGUUGGUUACAUUCAGGAGACAUUGGGAAGAUGGAUUCUGAAGGCUUUCUGCAAGUAACAGGCAGAAUCAAAGAGCUGAUCAUCACUGCUGGUGGAGAGAACAUUCCUCCCAUCCCCAUUGAAGAUGCUGUAAAAAGACAUCUAUCAAUUGUCAGCAAUGCAGUGCUUAUUGGAGAUCGAAGAAAAUUUCUGUCCAUGCUUCUUACCCUCAAGAGCACUGAGGACCCAGAUACUUUGGAACAAUUGGAUAAACUUACCCCAGAAGCAAUAGAGUUUUGUCAUGAAGCUGGCAGUAAAGCAACAACAGUAUCUGCUAUUGUUGGACUGAAAGACAAGGCUGUGUACAGAGCUAUUCAGGAAGGCAUUGACAAGGUCAACAGCGAAGCGGUGUCAAAUGCUCAGCGUAUUCAGAAAUGGACAGUCCUCUCCAAGGACUUCUCAAUAGCGGGAGGUGAACUGGGGCCAACCAUGAAGAUAAAGCGACAUGCCGUCUUAGACAAGUACACUACAGAUGUAGAAGCUUUCUAUUCACAAGAACAUCAAAAAUGAAGUUCCAGUACCAAGCCAAAAUGCUGUCCAGUCUUUGAAUCAUCCUAAGAAGAGUGCAGUGAAAAUAAACUAUCUUCUUCAGGUCUGACAAAUAAAUAUUUUAUAUAAAGCUACAGAUCUCUUUGGACAACUUCACAAGAAUAAAGUGCAUUAUCUAAAGUUAAAACGUUUUAAAAUGUAUCUACAAUAAUGUAAUAUAGACAUACGUUAAAUAAGAAUUUAUACAUCCUGCCCUACAUCGCUACCUUAGUCUGCAUGGAAAUUUACAUUCCUACAAAUAAACUUAUGAACUAACUGGGUUGCAAC